CUGCCAGUUGGCAAAAUAUCGCCAACUGUCAAUUGUUAACCAUGAUCAAAGUGAAUCAAUUUGUGCAGCUCAAUAAGAAUAUGAAUGUCUCCACGGCUGCAGCUGCGCAGGAGUCCAACUGCAAUAAGGCCGUGCUGUUGGGCAUUGCGACGGGUCCAGGCAAAAAGAAGGAUAAAAAGUGCCGCAAUGCUGUGCCCGAAUACGUGACCAACAGGAAGCCGCGCUAUUUGCCAAAUUUAAGCGAACUGGUCUUCAACAAGGGCUACAUCGACGUGGACUCGUUUGUGCUGUGCACGCUGUCGCCGGAGGAGCAUGGCCAUGAUGCCGCGGCCGCGACUCAAUUGCAGGAGGUGCACUGCAUCGUGUUCGAGUUGCCGCGUAAUCUGUUUCCACGGCACUCGCCGCUCAAUAAGAUCACGUAUUUGCCGCCGCAGCUGCUGCCGGGCGACUUCGAUGCCGGCGGCGUCUUUCCGCCGGGUGUCCUCGCCCACAAAUACUAUCCGCAGGGACUGCUGCAGCCGCAUCAUUGCGGACCCACACCUGCGCUGUUUGUGGGACGUCGUCGCGUCGAGCGGCACAGUCUGCACAAGAGCCUGCCGUACACGUGCGCCGCCUACGUGGGCAUGCCGCUGUCCCAGAUCCCGGUGCCGGUGCCGGUGCCGGUGCCCAACUGUGGCCACAACAACAACAACAACAGCAACAACAACAACAGCAGCAGCAGCAACAACAGCAACAGCAACAGCAAUGCCCAGUUGCAUCCUGAUCUCAGUGUCGGCUACAUUAUUGCGCAUGCCGAUUCGCUGGCCAAGGUGGAUCGCUUUGCCCAUCAGCAGACCCAAUAUCGGAUAUAUGUGCCCGAUCUGAGCACGGUUCCGAUGAUGGUGCACUUCAAGACGAAGCUCUGCAUGACGGUGCUCUCGGAUGUGGUGCAUCCGCACGAGUCUGAGGUGGCGUUUGCCGUUAUGCGCGAGAAGGCGACCAAAUUUAAGCUGCCGCAGGAGUACUUCUCCAUGGCCACCAGCUCGAUUAAACGUGCUCCGGUAUUCUUGCCGCAGCGCUUCCUGCCGCCCGGCUUCGAGGCGGGCUGUGUCUUUGGGCCCGGCACCUUGCCGGAGAGCCUGUUUGAGGGUCUGCUAAAGGAUGCGCCGCCCCAGAUGCAGCGCAACGUGGCCAUUAUGCCGCCAGUAUUCAUUGGCAUGUGGAAGGAGCAGGUGACGCCGUCGGUGUUCAUCUUUCCGCAGCAGAGUUUUAUGGUGAACAUGGCACCAGCUUCAGCUACACCAAUCCAAGCGCCGCCAGCUCAGUUGUCUGUGCUCGACGAGAUCAAGAUGGCGCGCAGGGAGCUGAAGCCGUUGCCCAAGCUUUUUGAGCUCGAGCAGAAGCUCAAUUUCCCUGAAAGUCAAAUGCAAAAGCGGCAAAGGGAUGGAAAACAGACAGACGAAGAGGAGGAAGAGGAGGAUGACGAGGAGGAGGAGGAUCUGGACGAUGAACUUGAGGAGGAGGAACACGAGGAAGAGGAUGAGGCAUUGGAAAAACCAUUGGACGAGCCAAUGAAAGGCCGCAGCAAUAUGGGUCUGUGGUUCUUCACACUGACCGGCCAGCCGGAGGACAUUGUCGAUAUGCUCAAGAAACUGGAAAACGCCGGCGUCAAGCUGGCCUCCAACUAUGUGAAUCAGAAUGUUAUACGCCGUGCCCAGGUGCAAUGGCUCGAUCUGAUGCUGCGCCGCGACGAGAUACGCGCCCAAAUGACAUCGACGGGCAUGCCGCGCGCCCGCAAACCGAAUCCAAGUCCGAUGCCAAGCCCAACGAAUCCGAGCCAGGAACGCUUCGCGGAGCGCAAGAGGCGCGGCAAGAAGUGCGCCGAAUGCGGUUUGCAUUGUAAUUAG